CAAGCCUACUCCUCCCCCGUUCAGUCACUUCCUGCCCCGGGCCGGCCGGUGUUUACUUCGGCUCCUCCCGGAUUAGGCCUCUCGGGGCCCCAAUGGAUUUUACAUAGCGUCGCCGGUCCUCGCACGUAGUUCUGCCUGCAGACGCUGCGGUUAUGUCCUCGGCCGCCCCAUGUCCGGCGCUCUGCUGCUGCCGCCGCCCGCUGCACCCGGGGCCUGUCCGGGAGUCUCCGCAUCGGUUUGACCCGGGUCCCCCAGACCCUGCGUCUGCCUCCAGCUUCCAGCUCUACCGCCUGCAUCACUUCCAUCUGGGGCUGGAGUUGCGGCCGGACACCAGGGACCUGGCCGGUUGUUUGGUGCUUGAAGUCAGCCCUCUGGUGCCUGGAGGCCCGGCUUUGGUGUUAGACACUCACCCGGUGGUCAGAGUCAGUUCUGUGCGCUGCAGGAGGGGAGGACGGCAUGGUAGUGCCAACCAGAGCUGCCCCCACAGUGACCCUGCCUGCCCCAAGGCUCCUGAUAAUGCCACAGUGGCAGAGAGUAAAUCUACCCUGGGACGUUCAGACUCACCGGGUAGCUCUCCAACCACAGAUCAGUUAUGGAGUGUGGCACAAGAGCCUGGCAGGGUGAGCCCUGGCACAGCAGAACACUCGCCCAUAGUGACCCCAGAGCCCCUAGACCUGUCCUUCUCUCGCAAUGGAAUCCACCAUUCUUUUCCAAGUCGGUUACCAGGUGUUGACUUGUCAUGUUCCUCAGAAAAUCCUGCGGCUUCUGGUCUAGGUGGCACCGUUGUAAAUGGUCACCCACCUCCAGCAUCUCCUCUGAACCCCUUAGCCCCUCCGUAUUCUCCCACACCCGACCUGUCCUUCUACUCCUCUUCCUCUUGCUACACCUUGUCACCCGAUUCUCUCGUAUCUCCCACCCUUGAGGGCAGUUUUGCUCCAGGAGUUACACCUUCCCAGUUCCCAUCUAUGGACAUUCCCGUAAUGGAGGACUUGCCAAGCACUUUCAGCCAGCCUUUUGGGAUCCAUAAUGCCAGCGAUUCUGGGCCCGCUCACUGCACCUGCUGCUUCCCGUUGGACUUUAGGGUCGAUGAGUUUACCGAUUACGGCUCUGCUCUAACCAUCACUGUGCCUGAAACUUUACCGACCAAUGAGACGUUCCAGGUCAUUGUACACUUCGUCACCGGAGAGGGUCCUGCGGUAUGGUGGCUGGAUCCUGAACUCUCCUAUGGAAGCUCUGAGUUGUUUGUGUUCACUCAAGGACACUCUGUUUGCAACCGUUCCUUCUUCCCCUGCUUUGAUACACCAGCUGUAAAGUGUACUUACUCCGCCUCUGUCAAAGCACCUGCUGGAAUUCGGGUCCUCAUGAGCUGCACUCACAGUUACUACGUCGAAGAGAUGGGCAUCUUUCACUUCUAUAUGGAACAUCCUGUUCCUGCAUAUUUAGUGGCCCUGGCAGCGGGUCAUCUUCUUCCAGCUGAUAUCGGCCCCAGAAGUCGCGUGUGGGCUGAGCCUUGUGUGCUGCCUUUGGCUGUAGGUAAACUGGCAGGCCGAGUAGAACAAUGGCUUCAAGCUGCAGAAAGUUUGUAUGGUCCCUACAUCUGGGGAAGGUACGAUAUAGUCUUCCUGCCCCCAUCCUUUCCCAUUGUUGCCAUGGAAAAUCCCUGUCUGACAUUCGUCAUUUGCUCCAUCUUGGACAGUGAGGAUUUCCUUCUUAUUGAUGUUAUUCAUGAAAUUGCACAUGGCUGGUUUGGGAAUGCAGUGACAAAUGCCAGCUGGGAGGAAAUGUGGCUGAGUGAAGGCUUGGCAACCUAUGCCCAGCGCCGCAUCACCACUCUGGUAUAUGGUGCUUCAUUCACAUGCCUAGAGACCACCUUCCGUCUCGAAGCGUUGCACAGACAGAUUCGAAUACUAGGUCAGGAUACACCAUUCAGUAGAUUACAGGCUAAACUGGAUACAGGUGUGAACCCUAGUAACCUCAUGAAUUUGUUCACAUAUGAGAAGGGCUUCUGCUUUGUGCACUAUCUGUCCCAGUUGUGCGGGGACCAAGACAACUUUGACGUCUUCCUCAGGGAUUAUAUUGAGAAAUUUAAGUUCCGCAGUGUUGUAGCUCAAGAUCUGCUGGAGUCUUAUCUCAGCUUCUUUCCUCAUUUGAAGAGGGAGAGUACAGUAUGCAGCGAGGGCUUGGAGUUUGAACGCUGGCUGAAUGCCCCAGGGCCUCCUUUAACCCAACCAGAGCUUUCUCAGGGAUCCAUAUUCACUUCACCUGUAGAAACUUUGAGUGAACUGUGGAUAGCUGAACCUUUGGACAUUGAAGCGGCUGUCAAUUUUGCCAAUAUCACAGACUGGCAAACCUUCCAGACUGUGCUGUUUUUGGACAAGCUUUUAGAUCAAUCUCCGUUGCGGCCAGAAGUUAUGCUCCAGCUGUCACUCUGCUAUUCUGCCGAUCUAGCUACUAUGAACACAGAAAUAAGGAUACGCUGGCUGCAAAUUGUAGUGCGGAACAACUUCCAGCCAGACUUGCCCCGAGUGCGCCACUUCCUUCUAUGCCAAACCUCAAGGAUGUAUACCAUCCCUCUUUAUGAAGACCUCAGUGCUGGACCACUGAAAUCUUGCGCCCUAGAGAUCUUCUAUCAGACACAUGGACGUUUACACCCGAAUCUUCGUAAAACCAUCCAACAGAUCUUGGCUCAGGGAGGGUCUGUGGUGCAGUCAGACACUACCUUGCCUGUCCUGUCUUCUGAGCUCUGUACGCAAGGCUCCUCCUCUCUCAGGGAUGUGAAUGUGACGGCCUGACAGAACUCACUUUGCAAGGAUGUGCUCAUUAAACCGGCUACACAUUGAUUAAGGCUAUAUCUUGGCCAGAUCUAACAAGGGAGUAAGAAGUGGCGAUGUUUUUUGCACUGGGGUGGUUGAAGCAUUAUGCUGUAGCACCCAAGAAUGCUCAGGUGGGGAAACCACUCAGCCCAAUGUUGGAAAGUUCAGCCUUCAGAGGGCAUAGAGGUGCCAAGUCAAGUGGUUGAUAUAGAUAUGUUUUUAAUUUUUUGGUUGAACCUGUGGUAGUUUGCUUGGAGUUUAUUCACUUACCAUCUAUGCAUUUUAUAUCUGAGGCUAGGGCUUCACAACAGACUUUGCUGGAUGUAACACAAGUGACAGUACCUCUUUGGAAAUAUAGCAAGGGGGUUGUCCUGCACACAAGCCUCAUUUUUAUUCAGUGGCCUAGGUCAUUUUUCCACCAUGUAGCCUUCCUGACAGACUACAGCAAAUGACUGUGGGUGACCAUUCUUUUUUCUAAAUAUCACCCUAGGUAGCCCAUCCAUUAUUCAGAGCUUAUUUUCAUAUUGUACUUUCCGAGGUGAUUGAUCACAGCCUGAAGUGUUUUUUGUUUUAUUUUUAUUUUAUUUACAGUGUGCUUUGGGGUCUCCGAAUGCAACUAGUUUGGAAUGAUUGCAGGAAGUCAAACACACAGCUGAUUUAGAAAUGUUAUACUAUGACUUCUUAGUUUUAUGCAAAAUGCCAGCAAGUAUGGAUUUUUCUGGAGCGACUUUGAGGUUUCAUAUUUUAGCACAUUUUAAUUUUGUUACCAUUUUAAGUUUCUUUUAGUGUGAUGUUGGGAUAAAACUUAACCGGUUUUUACUUGGUAUCGCUAUAGACAUAAGGUUCAGUUCACACCAAAUUGUACUGUACUUUUGGCAUAUAUGCCAGACGUUCCCAUAUCUUUAGGGGUAUUUACACCUCAACAUUUAUGGCGUAUCCACAGGUAUGCCAUAAAUGUCAUGCCUCGAGAACAGGGUCCCGUUUCAUGGCUGCUUUGAAUCCUCGUUCACUUAUAUGGGAGUUCCAGAAAUAGCAGUGCACUUGUACUCGGCCAUUUUCAGAACUCCGAUAGAAAUGAAUGAAGACAGCGGUGCAUGCAUAGCCAUGUUUCCAUUCACGGCAAACAUGACACUAGGUCCUUUUCUCGAUAUAGGUGUGGAUAUGCCAUAAAUGUACAAAUGGGAAUGUACAAACCCAUGCCAAAGGAUGUCACAUAUAAAUAGCAGUUAUGGCAGCUGCAUGCAACUUUAGAGGCCUAGGUAUUUUCCAUACAUUUAACACCAAGGUAUAUACAGUUUAUCUUCUUUUAAAC